UCCAGUCUCUGCCCAGAAGCUGAGAGCGUUCAUUAGCCCUGGGCACUUAUCUCGGAGUCACAGCUGCUGACAGAGAGGCCUCCUUGUUCCUUACUCUGCCUGCCCCGAGCCUGCAGUGCCAUGGGGAACUGUCUGCACCCGGUGGAAACCUCCUUUCCAAUAGACAAGACCGGAACUCAGUAUACUGUGGAUUUUUCGAAUUAUGCAUAUGAAGAUAACAACACCUAUGACUCAGCUGAUAGCUACGAUAACUACACCAUUGGAGCAGCUGCUCCCUGCCACUCCUGUAAUCUACUUGAUAAUUCUUCACUGCCCUUCUUCAUCCUCACCAGUUUCCUGGGCUUGCUGGCAAGUGGUGCCGUCUUGUUCGCAAUUCUCAAACCUCUCUUCCACUGGCAGAUCUGCCCCAGCUGGCCUAUUCUGGCACAGCUGGCAGUAGGCAGUGCCCUCUUCAGCACUGCGGUGCCUGUCCUGGCACCAGGAUUAAACCGUACCCACAGCACAGUCCUGUGUUUCCUGGGUUACUGGGUCUGGUAUACUUCAGCUUUUGCCCAGGCUCUGCUGAUAGUGUGCUAUGCCUGCCUGAACCCCAGACUGGGUAUAGGUCAAGUCCGUGGCCUCACCUUGGGACUCACUGUGGGACUUUGGGGAACAGCUGCCCUGCUAGGGCUGCCAGUCACCUUGGCCAGUGAUGUCUACAAUGGCCUCUGCACCCUUGCAUCCACCAGGGCCCUGGAAGCUUUGAAGUCCACACAUUCUGCAAUCUGUUUUACCAUUUUCACUGUGUUACCACUGGCUCUUUUGGCAGCCAAGGGGCUGAAGAAGGCAUUGAGCAAGGAGCCAGGCCCUUGGGUUAGUAUCCUGUGGGUCUGGUUCAUUUUCUGGUGGCCUCAUGGGAUGGCUCUUAUAUUUGAUGCCUUGGUGAGAUCCAAAAUCGUGCUUUUGGAAACAUGUCUGUCCCAGAAGAUUCUAGACGUCAUGGUGAGCCUGGCAGAAGCCAUGGCUAUCUUGCACUGUGUGGCUACACCCCUGCUCGUGGCCCUGUUCUGCUACCAGACCACCCGUAGAUCCUUGCCCUCUCUGUCCCUCCCUACAAGACAGUCUUCUCAUACGGAUGCCCUUGUAGGCAAAUCCUAG